AUGUUUAGAAGGCCUAGCGACGUUCGCGGGAAGCAGCGUUUGUCAGGAGCGGACAGAAAGAAGCUUCGGCGAAACAUCCGAGACAAGUUUCCAGGCACCACUGACGAGCAGCUGGAGGCGAUCCUGCCGGCCAAGGCUGACGUGGCGGUGACGAGGCUGGUGAAUCGCGUGCUGGUGUACGGACUCGAGAACGGGCUGCCCAUGCUUUUCGAUUGCGACGGCAGGGGCAACGAAAUAUAUCACACUGUGUUUGCACUGUGGCGUGUACCCGACCUACUGCCAUCGUUCCUUCUCACGGGCGAGGACGUUUCCCGCUAUCUUCUUUCGGGGGCUGACCUUAUGGCGCCAGGCGUGCAGGUGCCUAUCGAAGGUUUGCCAGCGUUCCAAAAAGGGGAGGUGUGGUCAGUGAAGGUUCCAGGAAACUCCUGCCCCGUUGCUGUGGGCAUUACAAUGUUAGGGAGAGAAGAGGUUAUCCAAGCAGGCGUGAGAGGAAAGCUUUUCAGAAUAACCCACUCUUACCGCGAUUCGUUAUGCUCCUCCGAAUAUCGUUGUGAAAAUUUAUGGGAGUCUGCAAAAGGAUCAUAUGUGCCCAACAAGGGCUUCCUGCCAGAUAUGGUUGCGUCUGACCCUGAUGCACAGCCCACACUGUUGGAUGCACCACCUGCUGUUGCACCUGAUUCACCUGAAGGUUCACCUGAAGAUUACUCUGGUGCUGCUGCAGGUUGUAGAGGAGAGGGUGAGGGUAGGAGUGAUUGGGAGGUAGGGGCAGCAGCGGUGGCUAGGGAGGGACUAUCAGCAGUGGCAGCAGCAAGCGGAGGAGAAGGAGCAGCAAGCGGAGGAAAAAGAGCUACAGCAGAAGCGGCCGCAGGAGCAGAAGGAGCAGCAGAAGGAGCAGUAGCAAGAGAUUCAUCAGAGCGCCUAUCAGAGUCUCUGCAGGAACAGGAGGGGGAUAAAAAAGCAGCUGGUGCAGGCGAAAAGUGCUCACCUGCAGCAGCGCCAUCAGCACUGAUGCCGGCACAAAUGGAUGAGCUGUUGGAUCUCUGUCUGCUGCAGGCCCUCUCUGUCUCUGUCAAGCCCUCACACCUGCCCCUGUCAGCUAGCUCCCUCUGGGCCAAUCACGUGCUGCCAUGUCGGCCGCCCGGCACAACAAUGGACAUCAAGAAGUCAUCUCACAAGAAGCUGAGCAAGUGGUUGCAUGCCAAGGCUGUUGAUGGGCUGAUAUGUGGCAAGGAGGACAAGCACCGCAAGGAGUUCAUCAUCUCGUCUGUCAACCACCGCCACCAGUCCCUCCUCGCAUUCUGGCCAUAUAAGACAGCCCAAGCCCCCCCCAGGACUGCACCCCAAGGCAGCUUAGGGAUAGCUACUGAAAGCGCCACCGUCACAGCCACCACGACGGUAGAAGAGUUGUUCAAACCGUCUCCCCACGUGGCUCCUGUCUUUGAGUCCGUAGGGCUCGACCCACACGCCUUCUACUCCCCCUCGGCUGUUCGCAACGCAGCGCUUUCCUACAUCUCCCUCCACUCCCUCUCCGAGCCCUCCAACCCCUCUAUAGUCGUCCUCGAUGCAACUCUCUGCGACGCACUGUACAAAGCGAAUGCAGGCGCAACACAGGGUGGAGAGGGGGGGAGGAGCGUGGAGCGGAAGGGGGAGCUGGAGCCUGUGGAGAUAUUUGUGAGGGGGCGACAGGGCAGCAGGAGAGUGACACGGGUGACAGGCGUGGAGGCUUAUCCGGUGGAGGCUGAACCUCUUGCUGCUGAGCUGCAGAAGAAGUUUGCUUCAGGCGCGUCUGUGGCUCAACUGCCAGGUAAGAAGGGGCAGCAUGAGGUGUAUAUUCAAGGAGGAUUCUUGGACAAGUUGUCUCGACUGCUUGUGGAUGUGCAUGGCAUCCCAAAAUCUUAUGUGACGGCAAAUGAUUAUACAAGGAGGUGA